AUGAGUAACAAUUCUGGAGUGUUGGCUAGUGCUGGUGAGAAAGCCCAGGAAUUAACUAACAAAACCACCGAUAUGGUAUACGGUGCCGGCGCUGCAGUAAAGGAUACCCUGGCGUCUGGAUACGGGAAGGUCGCAGAUACCAUGUCAGCCGGCUAUGAAAAGGUUGCUGGUGCCUCACAGGAAGCCGCUGAUAACGCUGGAGAGAAAGUCGACGAGGGCAAACGGGCUGCAAAGAACAAUUACGAGUCUGCAAAGGAUAAGGCUCACGACGGUAAAGAGGCUGCAAAGGAUAAGGCCUGCGAGGGUAAAGAGUCCGCGAAAGGUAUGCUCCAUGAGGGCAAAGAGGCGGCAAAGGAUAAGGCUGAGGCUGCAAAGGAUAAGCUCCACGAGGGCAAGGAAGCGGCAAAAGAUAAGGCUAACGACGCCCGAGACUAUAUGGGCAAGAAGAUGCACGAGGGCGCCGAAGCCAUGCAAUCCUAA